GCACGGCUGGGGCGGAGGGUCCGCAGCCCUGCCCGGCCCUGCCGAGCCCCGCGGCGCCCGCCGGGGCCAUGGCCGCCAUCCAGAACCUGCAGCUCUGGUGCCGGCAGCAGUGCGAGGGCUACCGCGAUGUCAGCAUCACCAACAUGACCACCUCGUUCCGCGACGGCCUCGCCUUCUGCGCCAUCCUGCACCGGCACCGCCCCGACCUCAUAAACUUCGACUCCCUUAGUAAAGAAAAUGUGUAUGAGAACAACAAGUUGGCAUUUCGAGUGGCAGAGGAGGAGCUGGGGAUCCCAGCCUUGCUGGAUGCAGAGGAUAUGGUUGCUCUGAAGGUACCAGACAGGCUGAGCAUCCUCACCUAUGUUUCCCAGUAUUAUAACUACUUCCAUGGACGGUCUCCUAUUGGAGGCAUGGCUGGAAUCAAGCGUCCUUCCUCUGAACCUCCGGAGCAGCAUCCUGGGAAGAAAACUGUUCCAGAGCCUCCUAAGCCAGUGCCACCAAAACUGCCUCCUGCCCACCCACCAGCCAGAGCUAAGCCAAAGGAAACCUCCCCAGUUACCACAAAAAGGGUCCUGGCAGAGAGCGGGAAUGUCCCCAGCAGCAGCUGUGGGAUCUGUGGGAAACAUGUGCACCUGGUGCAGCGCUACUUGGUCGACGGGAAGCUCUAUCACAGGAACUGCUUCAGGUGCAGGCAGUGUUGGAACUUGCUUCUUCUUGGAAACUACAAAGCUGGGCCUGAGCCCGGUACGUUCAUCUGUACCAGCCACCAGCAGCCAGACAAUGUCCAGGUCUUUGGUCUCCACAGCACUGGGAACAAACCUGAGAGUACCCCAGCCCCUACUGCUGCCAGGGCGUUCCAGAAAGCAGCAGAACCCAAGAAACCAGAGCAGGUGUUGAAGAAACCCAGCCAGGAAGGCCUCACUAAUUCAACCAAGCCAUCUGUUUCAUCUUCUGGAAGCUCUGGCUUCAGAAGUGUAAAUACUCCAUGGUCCUCUUCAGCUGUAAAUAAAUCAGAUGACUGCAAAGGUACCUCAUUGGGGAACAAAACAGAUCCCCGUGGAGGUACCCCAGCAGGGCCUCCUUGGACAACCUCUACAACAAAAACACAGCAAGCCCGGGAAAAUUUUUUUCGGUCAUUGGAGUCCUCCAGCAAUAAAAGUUCUGACACUCAAAAACAAGCCCAGUCUCCUCAUGGCCCUGACAAAACUGCCCCUGCCAAAACCACUGCUGAGGUCAGUCGAGUGAAUGCUGGGAAGGAUCAGGCACGUAACAAUAUUAUGCAGGCUUUGGCUGGAUCAAACACUUCUCCAAGCAGGCCAGGAGGACUCAGUUCCACUGGCUCCUCAGCAUCCAGCAGUGGCAAGUUUUCUCCCGCCAGUUCUCAGAGUCCAGCUCCAAAAGCACAGUCCGGCAAAACAGGGUACACAGCACCAAAGCAGGACAAGAUUACAGACCCUCUGCCCAAGAGCCAGGCUCCCAGCAAACCCGUUGACUCUCUGCACAAGCCAGAGUCAAAAAGCAACAAAGGAAGCACAAAUGUUGGUGAAGACAAGUCUGAGAGCCCAGCAGACUGGAGAUCUCGGCUGAAGCCUGUAGCCAACAAAGACCAAGGUGGCUCUAAGAAACCUACUGAUAACUCCCAGGUGGGAACAGGGAGCCCAGCACACAAGGAGACAAAGCCAAGUCCAUUAGUUGUCCCACCAGCAAAGCAGGACUCUGCUUCCUCUGGUGGAUUCGUAAAGAAGUUGUUGAUCCCCAGCUCAGAUCUUAUCAAGAGCUGUCAGAAUUCAAAAGAAGACUGGAAAGAUCCUGGGGGCUCUACCAAGAAGGAGGAACAUGGCAACCAGUUGAAGACAAGCACUGUUACAAUUAAACUCCCUGCUCCAAAAAGCAAAUAUGAGCCUCAAGUGGUGUCCCCAACCAAGCUGCACCCAGACUACAUCCCCGAGGAUAAAAUCCAGGAGAAGGUGUGUGACAUUGAGAAGCAGCUGGAUGAGCUGGAGUUGAAAGGAGUGGAUCUGGAGAAGCAGCUGCGUGCCUGCGAGGGAGAUGAGUCCGAGGAUGCCCUUAUGGUGGAUUGGUUCAAACUGAUCCAUGAGAAACAGCUGUUGCUCAGACAGGAAUCAGAACUGAUGUACAAGAUGAAGCAGCAGGAGCUGGAAGAGCAGCAGUGGAAUAUUGAGACGGAACUGCGACGCCUCAUGAGCAAGCCAGAAGAACUGAAGACAACCAGGGAGAAGGAGCGAGAGAAGGAGCUUCUGGAGUCCUACCUAAACACGGUCAAUGAUCGGAAUAAUAUUGUGGAGUGCCUGGAUGAGGACAGACUCAGGGAGCUAGAGGAGGACCAGAUGUUGGCAGACAUGAUCCAGAAGUUGGAUGGAUCUUUUGAGAGCCAGGAGCCAAAGAGGAAAGAGAACAAGUUCCGCUUGUCCAAAAUAUGGAAGCAGAAAAAUAAGAGUAAAGCUCAGGAGUGAUGUUCCUUUGCCCAGCAGCUCAGAGAGGCCCAUCAAAGGUGUGGUCCUUCCUUCAGUCCUGCUUUCCUGGAGCUGUGCAGGACUGCGCUGAGGCUCCUCUGCUCCCUGACAUGGAGACUGCAGGUUUGAGGACCAAAGGGAUGGUGUGAACCCCCUUUGACCCUGGUAUGGGGCCCAAGGACACCUUUCCCAGAAGAUGGACUUUUAAGACUGUUUUCCUUCUUUGCCUGUAGCUCAGAGAUGGCUUCAGCCCUGUUGGCAGCUCAGGAGGGCAGAGCUCAGUUUGCCCAUCCAGUGCUUGGGUCAUUAUAGUCCUGAAUCCAGGAGUGUGGCCCUGCAUGGCACCCCACAGUGCCCCACUCCUGUCACCCAGGGUUUCACCCAGGACGCUUUGCUGGUCUGUGGAAGGACCAUUGUCCCUCCCUCCCUGCCUGUGCUGUGGCUCUUUGGCCAGCAUCAGAGAUGCAGAGAGGGAGAUGCUGUGGGGCAGGAAGGAUUGAGGGUCUCCCCAUUAUCACACCAGUGCAGACUGGAGCUGCAGCCCCCUCAGCGUGGGGGAGAGCAGAGAGCAGAACCACCUCUGUGUCUGUGGGGUGGGAUGUCCUCGACCCACAGCAAUUUCAGCAAUAGUGAUUUGUUUCCAGACCUCCUCUUGGGAGUUGCUGUAGGCUGAUUUCUCAAAGCCGUGAGGGGUUGCUCACUGCUUUGUUCCCUCUGUGGGGGAGGUUUGUAGGUACCUUAUUUCUCUGACUGCACACUGAAGCAGGAUUUUCAUUGUCUGUGGCCCAUCCUGAUGAAAAUGAACAGAACUUUUCUUUUAAUAACCUGGUGCUAACUGGGAGCAGAAUGGAAUUAACAGGUUUGCCUCAGCCAUGAGUCUUCUGCAUGGGACCAAUAUUUCAAUGCCUGAGGCUCCGUCCCUGGACAGCCAGCGCCCUCAAGGGGUGCUGUGGAUCACCUUGGUGAGACCAGGAGUGUAGGAGCAGGUCCUGGCCUCUUGGCAGUGAGUCUUUCUACUCUUCCCUCAGUCCAGUGGCUGCAGCCAGACACCUGCCCUGUGUGUUAUCACCCUCUCUUCCCAGUCAACCUGGGGAGCAACGAUGGAGACAGUCAUGGAAAGAUCAGAUUAAGUCACGAUGCCUCUAGCUCUGGUAUGCGUGGAUUUCCCUCCUCCCUCCCAGCCAGGUAUUUUGAGGUUUCUACGGGUCCUGUUCCCCAGCAGGGCCAGGGAUUUUGCACGGAGGAGGUUUGCUCCCGCUGUGCCGCUGGCAGAGCAGAGGCGAUGCGUCCCUUUCCCACGAGGUGGCAGUGGGACUCUCCGUCCCGGGCAGGGAUGUGCUCGGGGUGGGACUUGGUGCCCGAGGGGGUUCCUGGUGCCCACAGUGUGUGCCAUGUAUGUACAAGUGAUGGGACACCCCGUACCUGCAUAUGCUUUUGCCCAAUAAAGAAUUGCUGGAGCAAAUCUUA